UCAUAAACAUCAAAUCGGGUGGGUCGAAACCGGGUUGGACUGAAACGAGAGACUCAAUUAGGUUGGAGCGUCUCACUUUCAACACACUUUUUGAAUGCACACAAACUGUUUGUUUGCGAAUUUGCACGACUAAAGAACUCUUUAACCAAGAGUAACCAACCGUGGCAAUGGCUUCAUCCCCUUCCCCGGAAAUUUACAUCCCAGAGCAAUGGUCGCAGGCAGCAAACUCUAUCAAAUCCGCUUCAACGCCUCCUAUCACACUCAUAUGUGGACCCAAAAACUGUGGAAAAACAACCUUCUCCCGCUACCUUCUUAAUGUCCUACUCACCAGGUAUAAGAGAGUAGCUUAUCUUGAUACUGAUGUUGGCCAACCUGAGUUUACUCCUCCUGCUUUUGUUUCUCUUACCAUUGUUCAUAAAAUCACUCCAGAUUUGACGGUUCCAUACCUGAAAACACCAGAGAGAUCCCUUUUCUUUGGCGAUGUUUCUUCUAAGAGAGAUCCGUUAACAUACUUAAAUUACAUAUGCUCCAUUUAUGAUUAUUAUCAAAAGGAGUGUCGCACAUUUGAUAAGGGAGCAAAAUCUUCUAGGGUUCAAAUGCCUCUUGUAGUGAAUACUCCUGGUUGGGUUAAAGGUGUUGGUUAUGACGUUUUAGUGGACAUGUUAAAAUAUAUGUGUCCCACCCAUAUAGUUAAGAUCGGUAUAUCGACUGAAAAUAAGAAUUUACCUGUCGGAAAAUUCUGGUUAGAUGGGGAAUAUGAUGGAACAAAUACAUUGAUCGAGAUAAAUUCUGCUCGUCAGGACUCAUUAAAUAGAUCGGUGCUUGUUCAGAAGGAUGCUAGUCUUUUGCGUGAUUUACGAAUAAUGGCUUAUUUCAGACGAUGCUUUCCUAGUGAUUCAGAUAUUUCAACGAUCAAGGAACUUGCACAUUCCUUGACCUCUCAUUGUCCUUAUCAAGUUCCCAUUGCAAGCAUAAAGAUUCGACAUGUUCAUCGUGAGGUCCCAAGCUCUGAAAUAUUCUACAGCCUGAAUGCCAGUAUUGUUGGCUUAGCAGUUGAAUCUGAAGGGCCUGAAAAUUCACCCUGGUGCCUCGGUCUUGGCAUUGUGAGGGGUAUUGACACAGUCAAAGGUGUGCUCUAUGUGAUAACACCGGUGCCAGUUGAUUCUCUGAAAAAAGUCAACCUCUUGCUACAGGGUUAUAUCCAAAUUCCUACAUGUUUAUUGCAGGUCCAGGGAUGCAUAUCACCGUACAUGUCAGCAAAUGUAUUGACUGCAAGCUAGUAUUUUUUCAUGAGUUAGCAAAGAGAACAACAUUACAUUAAUAGUUUAACAGGGAACGCAACAUUACAUUAACAGAGAACAACCGUACAUGUCAGCAAAUGUAUUGACUAAGCUAUUAUAUUAUUAUUAUUAUUAUUAUUAUUAUUAUUAUUAUUAUUAUUA